AUGAUGCGACCGAUACUUCUCCCCCUACUGGGGGUAUUUCUGCAGACCUCCUCGGCAUCCAAUCCCUAUGUAAUGAGCUGGUCUUCCCAAGCCUACGGUCCAGAUGGCCCGUGGCAGGCCGUAUCCAUCGACGUGGGCAGCAACCAGCAGACGGUCGAUCUUUACCCCGGAGCCAACUAUGCUAGCACGAUCCUGAUGAGCACUCUCUGCACGAACAAAACCCUGUCAUCCACCUGCUACGCUGCCGAAGCAGGCACGUUCAACCAAAACACCUCCACCACUGCCUACACCACCGCCAGCUCGUGGGAAACAACUUACUGGGCCGUCGAGGGUGGAAGCCAAGAGGCUGUGCUCGGCGAUGAGGUCACCUUAGGGUCGUUUGUCGUCCCCAAUGUGAGCUUCGAAGCCAUCUACCAGACCUACCAGACCUAUCCCAAUGGCAUCGCCUAUCCUGUCUCGGUCGGCAGUCUGGCCCUGGGGGGUCCGUACUUGUCGGAUACCGUCUCCAAUUCGACGGUCCUGAACAUGAUCGCAGGAUGGCUUUACUCGUCCAACGACAUUCCGUCCUACUCGUACGGCAUGCAUAUCGGGUCGGUAGACCCCAAAAUCCCAGGCUCCCUGAUCUUGGGGGGCUACGAUAAGAGCCGAGUGAUCGGAGACGUGAGUGCGCAGGGAGUAGUGUCUUCGAGUGGUCUUUUGGAACUUGAAUUAAAGGAUAUUGGGCUGGGUGUUGCGGCGGGUUCCUCUCCCUUCAGCUUCAACAACGAAAGUGGCUUGUUUCUCCAAAGCAGUGGUUCGGUUCAGGCCAAGACCGUCCAGAUUGAUCCAACCAAGCCCUACAUGUACCUUCCCCAGGCGACAUGCGAUGCCAUCACCUCCACCAUGCCGAUCUCCUUCAAUUCCAGCUUGGGGCUAUACUUCUGGGACACCACGAGCGAUGAUUAUCUGAAUAUCACGUCUUCCGCCGCAUACCUCUCCUUUGUGUUCAACAUGAAUGGGGUCAACAACAAGAACAUUACCAUCAAGAUUCCCUUUUCCCAGCUCAAUCUUACGCUGCAAGAACCGCUGGUCGAUCAAAACGUCACCUACUUCCCGUGCUUCCUCACUACCUCCACCCCGGUGCUCGGUCGAGCCUUUCUCCAGUCCGCAUUCGUUGGGGUGAACUGGUUCAACGGGAACAACUCGGGCACAUGGUUUCUGGCACAGGCCCCCGGCCCGGGUUACGCCAGUGAAGACAUCACCCGGAUCGCAGUGAGUGACACGUCGCUUUCUGCCUCUAACGGUACCUGGGAAGAGACCUGGGCUACGUACUGGGGCAUCAAAACAUCCGACAACUCGAGCAGCUCCAAGAGUGGCCUGUCUUCCGGUGCCAAAAUUGGAAUUGGCGUCGGGGUGGGUGUCGGUGGAGCAGUGUUGAUCGCAGCAGGUAUAGCCAUUGCAUUCUGUCUUCGCCGUCGCCGCGGGGCGAGUCAAGAGGCGGCUGGAGAGCAACGGAGGUCGAUGUUUAGGGGCUUUGCGGAGCUACCGGGAGGUGCUCACAGUGAACCGGCGAAGGAGUUGGAUACGAAGAUGCAUAAGCCGCCGCAGGAAAUGAUGGCUUCGCAGGAGGUAGAGCGAUACGAGCUGGGGUGA